ACUCUAUCAAAUGUCAUCUUUGCCAGUUUGUUAUUUGCAGAGCUGAGAGAAACGCCAGAGAGCGAAGUGAAAAAGGGCAAAUAACUUUUCUUCGAGGGGUGACAGCCUCGUUUCCACUUGGCGGGCCAUCUCUAGACGCCAUAUUGUGGCCAAUGUUUGAAAGAUGUGAAUGUGGAAGAUUUAUACCUGUUGCCUCAAUAAUGCUUUUUGGUGAACUGAAAGCAACACGAAACGAUUUAUGGACGACUUAUCUAACCUUUAUUAAUUGUCCCAGUUGAAAAAUUCCUUCCUUUUUUGCAGGGAAGGUAUUCGUUGAAGUCUUCAAAGGUGUACAUUAAUUUGGAUGGAUGGAUGUAUGGCAUGGAAUAGGCCAUCUUGAUUGAUUUCAACAAUUCCAAUUUCACAAGAUUAUCGUCAAGUGGCUACUCAUUGAAACUCUUGUGUGUUGCAUUUGGAUAGUGUAUAGAUCUAUCUACAUCUAUAUAUUUAUUAAUAUAUAGAGAUAUCAUUUACCUUCGUGGUUGUUUUAAUUUUUUUUUUGACCUGUUUGAAGGAGUAUCGAAAUUUGGCGUGGAGUAUUGUCCAAAAUUGUUCAAAGGACAGCAGCAGCCGGUGAAAUUGCGUAUUCUGUCGCAAAACCGAGAAAAAUGCCGGCACCUAGCAGGGCACGAGUGUACGCAGAUGUGAACACGCACAGACCUCGAGAAUAUUGGGAUUACGAAUCCCAUGUUGUUGAGUGGGGACAACAAGAUGAUUACCAAACUGUACGGAAAUUAGGAAGAGGAAAAUACAGUGAAGUCUUUGAAGCAAUUAACAUUACAAACAAUGAAAAAUGUGUUAUAAAAGUAUUAAAACCAGUAAAAAAGAAGAAAAUAAAGAGAGAAAUUAAAAUUUUAGAAAAUUUACAAGGAGGAACCAAUAUUAUAACCCUUCUAACUAUUGUUAAAGAUCCAAUCUAUUUACACUGAUUUUUAAACCACAAAACUAUUUUUGAAUUACUUUUUCAGAUAUUAUAUCAAACUUUCACAGAUUAUGACAUCCGGUUCUAUAUGUUUGAACUAUUAAAGGCUCUAGAUUAUUGCCACAGUAUGGGGAUUAUGCAUAGAGAUGUUAAACCCCAUAAUGUUAUGAUUGACCAUGAAAACAGAAAGCUCCGUCUUAUUGAUUGGGGUUUGGCAGAGUUCUACCAUCCUGGAAUGGAAUACAAUGUAAGAGUUGCAUCUAGGUAUUUCAAAGGUCCUGAACUUCUAUUGGAUUAUCAGAUGUAUGAUUAUUCUUUGGAUAUGUGGAGUUUAGGUUGCAUGUUUGCCAGUAUGAUAUUCAGAAAAGAGCCAUUCUUUCAUGGUCAUGAUAAUUAUGAUCAGCUGGUUCGCAUUGCCAAGGUUUUAGGAACAGAUGACCUUUAUGGAUAUAUAAACAAAUAUCAAAUCGAUUUGGAUCCUAGGUUCAAUGAUAUUUUAGGAAGACAUUCAAAAAAGCGAUGGGAAAGAUUUGUACAUGGUGACAAUCAACAUUUGGUUAGCCCUGAAGCUUUAGAUUUCUUGGAUAAACUUCUUCGAUAUGAUCACCAAGAAAGGUUAACAGCAAGAGAAGCUAUGGAACACCCUUACUUCUAUCCCAUUGUUAAAGAACAGGGGAGGACGUCCUCAAUGUCUGGUCAUACAUCUCCUACGCCUAUCAAUAACUCAUCACAAAUAGGAGGAUCAGGAGUAAAUAAUACAGCUGGUAUGCCAAGCUCUCCUGUUGUAUCUUCUAAUAUAUCUCCUAUCCAGAACAGUUCUGCUAAUGCUGCACAGACAUAAGUAUGAAUGUGGAGCAUGCGUGAGAAGUCGUCUAGUGCUGUCAUGGCUGCAGCUGGGAAGAGGCGACUGACUCGGCUGGCUAUUACGACCUAUUGCAGGUUGUUGCUCACAUAGUAAUACUACUACUACUACUACUACAUCAACAGCUGGAGAUCUGAUGAGGCUGGCGAUGACCAUUUAUUCCUGGAUUUACAUAGACUGAGUUCAAUUUAAACCACUGAGAAAGUAAAACAGUUGGCGGCGGAAAGUCCUUCGUUGAACACAACUUAUAUAUUUUUUUUCCUCUUCAAAUCCUUAUCGGAAAAUAGAGGCAGACAUUUUUACUGGUGUGUGGCUGGGUGGGGGUCCAAAUUUAUCCGGAAGAAGAAAAAAGGAGGAAAAAAAGUAAAACAUUCAUUCUUAAGGAGGGCUUGAAAAUUUUCAUUGAUAACAACUACAACAAAGCAAAAAUACAAAAGAAAACAACCAUAGCGAACUAAAAAAUAAAACAAUAAAAACAUUGCAUAAAAUGCCCCUUCCCUCAUCCUUCCAAAAGAGGGGGGAAUCCUCCGAAAAAAAAAACUAUUUAAGAAAAUUGCUCCCCCUUCUCUCUCUUUCUCUCUCUCUCUCUCUCUCUCUCUCUCUCUCUCUAUGUAUAUAUAUAUAUAUAUAUAUAUAUAUAUAUAUUUAUAUAUAAAAACAGGAGAAAUAAUAGUUAGCAAUGAUAGACAAGUGAAGCUGCAUGGCUACAGUUGAUCCCUAGUUGAAAACAAAAAUAUAUAUUUAAAAAAAAAAUAUAUACAUGCUUCCUACAUAUUUCCCCCGUCUCAUUUCUUCUUUUUACUAUUGCUAUUCUAAGGAAAACUAUUCAAAAGAACUGACCCUUCUUCACCUCCUGUAAUGAAAAAUAAUCUUUAAGCCCACUAUGAUAAUAAUAAUAAUAAUGUGCUGUCUUUAAUAAUAUGGAUGCUCUUCUCACUCACUCACUCACUGACUGCUUAUCUCAUCUUAAGCUGCUGCUAUCAAUAAUCUAUGAAAUUUUGUGACUGUUGCCAGUUUUGACCGAUUGCUUAUCUGUCGGUCCCCCCUCCCUUUUGUGCCCUCUCUCUCUCUUCCUUUCAUGCAUUUCUUUCUUCACUUCUUUUCUCUUCCAUACCCGUUUCAUAAAACCAUUUAAGUUUUCACAUUCCCCAUUACCCUCUGAACAACUUUUAACAAGAUAGCAAAGUUAUUUUGCAAUGGUAAAAAAAAAAAUCUUCUCAAACCAAUGCACCCACCCACCCAUCCACCCACUCAGUGCUCUCCUGUAAUCCUCAUAAUUUUACUGUAAUGAAGUAAUGAGUUUAAGCUUAUGAAAACCCCAGGUGACAAAACAAAUCACAAUGUUUUUGUUUGUUUCCCAACUUAAACCAGUUUAUGUAUAUGUACAACACACUAUGCACACAGGCAUGCGUACAUGCAUGCAGAAAUGUGUGUGUAUAUGUGUACAAGUGUGAGCUUGCGUAUACCUAUGUUUGCACAUAAGUGUGUGUGUGUGUGUGUAUAUAUAUUGUGCAUAUUUGUGUGUAUGUACAUAUGCGUGUGUGUGUGUGUGUGUGUAUAUAUAUAUAUAUAUAUAUAUGUACAUAUAUAGUUUUAUGAUAGUAAAAUGCUAGGUGUAUUAUUAAGGUUUUUGAGAACUUAAGAAUUACUUCUAUCUUUUUACUUCCACCUCUUCUUUCACA